AUGUCUCUGGUGCAACAUCCGCAGAAAAUUGGUGUAAUUGCUGGACUGGGAGCGGCUGGAGUGGCUACUGCCUAUUUCGUCAACAAAUAUGUAAAGUCUAGACGCUAUUGGAAUGCGGAAUACGUGGACGUGGGACGAGUGGACCGAGCUUUUAUUUAUCCCAUCAAGAGUUGCAAGCCAGUCGAGGUAAAUCUUUGUUUUCUUUCUGAUUUUAGGCAACGUUCUAUAAUCGAGAGCGAUCAAAAGUUUCUACAGGUUUUCUGCCAAAUAUUUGAAUAGUAUUCUCCACCAAAUCCGACGUCAAUUGUAUAUUUUUAUUUGGUUUUAGACCUCAUAUUUGGAUUGUGCUGAAAGAGGUCCCCGCAAUGGAUGGCUGACUGAUAGGGAAUAUCUGGUAGUCGAUGAAGCCAAUGAACACAUGUUCCUCACCGCUAGAACAUAUCCGAAAAUGGUCUUAAUUGAUUGUGAAGCCGAGGCCAACAAGUUUGUCGUCAAAUUCCCUGAUGGAAAGAGAGUUGAGAUUGAUGUUGCCGAAGUUGUGAAAAGAAAUGACGUUCGCAGAGCUGCGUAGGUACUUGUUAUUUCUUAUCUUUGUUUAGACUUCAUGGUGGCAAAAAGACGGAUGGUUUGGACUGUGGAGACGAAAUCGGCGAAGCGCUGACUCAAUAUCUCCAAGUGGAAGGUAAAAGACGUCUGCGCCUGUUAAAGUUUGAUCCGAAGCUUUGGACAGAAAGAGACUUCCACACUGACCCGAGCUGGUGGCAUAAUCCAGUGCCGAACGUGCAAGAUCAUGUAGGAUGACAUAAUUAUCAUAAUGUCCUUGGUGUUUUAGAUAAAUUACAGUGACAUGAAUGCGUUUAUGGCAAUUUCUACGGGAAGUUUGGAGGUAAUGAAUCAGAAAUUGGCUGAGAUUGGCAGUGAAGUGAGUUGUGAAAAAUUUAUAAGUUUAGUAUUAUAUAAUAUUGCGUAAUACCAUCACGUUUUCAGGAAGUAGAAAUCCGAAAUUUCCGUCCAAAUUUUUUCAUAAAUUCUAAUGUCCCAUUUGCGGAGGAUUAUUGGCUGAAUGUUCGAAUUGGCGAUGCUGAAUUUGUUUGUGUUAGACCUUGUACUAGGCAAGUGAUGCUUUAUUCGUUUAUUUUUUCAUCUUUAGAUGUAUAUUGACCACGGUAAAUCCAACAACAGGAGAGAAACAUCCCAAAAUGCAGCCUCUGAAACUUCUUAGAGAGUGAGUUUUCUUUUUUAAGUUUAUGUUGUGCUAAAAAUUCUAAUUUUUUUUAUUACUCAAUGAAAAUUGUUCUCUUCUUAGAUUCCGGUUAGCCCCAGAGGGUCAGCUCCGCAAAGCAUUUGAUAUGAGCCCAAUCUUUGGAGUGUUCAUGGUCCUCGUUCGACCGGGCAGAGUCCGUGUUGGCGAUACAGUUUACGCGCAGAUUAAGCCUACGGCAUUUUAA